AUAUGGCCAUUAUUGAUCCCUUGAAACCUAGGCUCUCUGCAACUGCUACCAAAGUGGUCAUUGGGAGCAUAUGGAUUUUGGCAUUCCUGUUGGCCUUUCCCCAGUGCCUAUACUCCAUAACCAAGGUGAUGCCUGGGAGAACUCUUUGCUAUGUAGCAUGGCCAGGUGGUCCAAAACAGCAUUUUACGGAGAAGAGGCAAACAUCCGUCUCACUACAAUCUACUUUCAGGUAUCAUGUUAUUGUGAUUGUGCUGGUCUACUGCUUCCCACUGCUCAUCAUGGGCAUCACUUAUUCCAUGGUGGGAAUUACCCUCUGGGGAGGAGAAAUACCAGGCGACACAUCCAACAAAUAUCAUGAGCAGCUCAAAGCGAAGAGAAAGGUGGUAAAAAUGAUGAUUGUGGUUGUGCUGACAUUUGCGGUCUGCUGGCUGCCCUACCACAUUUACUUCAUAGUCACUGGCAUCUAUCAACAAUUAAACCGGUGGAAAUACAUUCAGCAAAUCUAUUUAGCCAGCUUUUGGCUUGCCAUGAGCUCUACAAUGUACAAUCCCAUUAUCUACUGCUGUCUUAAUAAGAGGUUCCGAGCUGGCUUCAAGCGAGCUCUGCGCUGGUGCCCCUUCAUUGAGGUGUCCAGCUAUGAGGAGCUGGAGCUGAAGGCAGCCAGGUUCCACCCCACGCGGCAGAGCAGCCUCUACGCUGUGUCCAGGAUGGAGUCCAGCAUGACCGUGGUGUUGGACACCAACGAUGGAGACAGCGUGCACGCCAGCCAUAAGAAAAGAGUAGCUCCAAGGGACCUGAACUUCAAUGGCUGCUCACAGAGGAAUUCUAAGACUGUCUCCACAGCCUCAAGCCUCAUCAGUUCACUGCAUACAUCAGCAGAUGUUUAUUCCUAAACAUUUCACUUUGCUAGAAGGGCAAACACUGGACAAUGUUCUCCUAGUUUGGAACUCGGUAUCCAUACCACAGGAAAGCAAACCAGAUUCCACUAAUAAACCCUAGCUAUAAAUAUUGUGAGAUUUUUGGGAAAUCUUUUUCUUUGUUUUGGAGAGGAAGAGGAAUUUGAAGACCUGUGUAUGUCUCAGUCCAAAAGCAUAGUUGCACCUCAGCCACAACAAUGUUUGUAGGGAUUAUCCAGAAUAAACCAAUGGCAUUAAAAACUUUGUUUCAGUUGUCUCUGACCAGUGGCAUUCAUGUUUGACUUACCAAAACGUAACAGGCUCCUUUACUUAUUGAAGCAGAAAUGUACUGUGUUUUCCAUUACGUGUAUUAAUUCUACAGUAACAAAAUUACGUGAUAUUUGAUUAUAAAGAUGUAUUUAUAAUGAACACCUAAUGAGCCCCAAGUCUAUUAAGCUGUUUCACAAUUUAGCUCCAUUCCCAGACAAACAGAUAAAAUUAAGUUCACAUGAAUGCAGUUCAGCUCUCUCUGCAACAGUAAUUUUACAAAUGUAUAUAAGAACAUGACUAAGAGACUAAGUUAAUUCUACCAAAGUUUGCAUAUUAGUAAACAUUAGAUUCUAAUGGCAUUGUAUUCCAGGGGAAUAUGUUGCUUUGAUGAAUCUCUCAUAGCUUUGUUUCUUAGUUCUAUGGGUAAGGUCUGUCACAGUGACCUUAACAGAACCUUUCUGAUUGACUUUAGAAAGACCAAAAGAUUUUAAACUGGAGAUUCACAUAUGAAAAAAUAAGACUGUGGCAACAGACUCUUUUCAGCAGAAGAUAAAGUAACAAGACUCAAGAUGACAAACUUCCACUGGGAAAAAAACCCUAUUUGGGCUCUUUCCACAAAUUUUCCAUAGUUUGAUC